CUAGAACUUAGGUCGGUAACAAGUGAAUGACGCCUUUGGCCUCCGUCUCUUCCCACUAGAGUGAUCCUUCUCGUCAAGCCAUGGGAAGAACGUGAAAGCCCACACUCCUUCAGAAUCUCCCUGCAGAUCCCCAAUUCCGCGGUGAACCCUUAUUUCCUCACUCAUUAUGAGCAGUCGAUUCUAUUUCGGCGAAGACUCUGACCCAGACGCCUCGGACAAUGAUACCCCUCUUCCCUUCCCAAAGCCCCUUGACCGCGAAGCAUUCCUCGCCCCGGACUUCGACCCAACCGCCUUUCUUUCGACUCUUUCCAACAGAUUUCAGACUCUAGAAGACUUGCAGACCGAACUCCGGGAACUAAGCCAGGCCCUUAAUAAAGAGCUAAUCGACCUAGUCAAUGAAAACUAUCAAGAUUUCUUGACAUUAGGAAGUACGCUGAGUGGAGGCGAGGACAAGAUUGAGGAGAUCCGGCUUGGGCUUUUAGGAUUUCAACGCGACGUCAAAGGGGUACGAGAUCAGGUUGAGCAGAGAAGAGAAGACAUUUUGGCGUUAUUAAAGCAGAAAAAGGCGUUGGCAAAGGAGGCCAGUCUAGGCCGAGGAUUACUUGAGAUCGCGGAGAGACUCGAUGAACUGGAGAACAACUUGAGGAUAUCCAAACCAAAGACCGACCAACAAAACGGAAAAACCGCUUCGAUACAACGGAGCAGAGAUGCUGAAUGGAGCGAGACCUGGGAGGAGGAUACGCUUGACGACAGCGAUGAUGAAUUUGACCACGACGACGACAAUGGCGUCUCUCCUCGACUGAGACAGCGCACCGACGAUUUGCUCAUCAUAAAACACCUCAUACACAUUCACAACCCACAACAUCCCUUCAUUCUCGCGCAAGAUCCAAGACUACGAAAAAUCCAGGAGUCCUUGGUGUCAAGUUUAGAAACCACCAUCAAACGCGAACCUGACAUCAAAGUGAAGCAGAGAUUGCUCCAGCUUCGGUCUUCAAUCGAAGGCUGAUAUGCAAAAUUGGUGGCUGCUCGCGAGUCGAUCGACAUGGGAUGAGUUGACAUGUUGGUCGAGACGUUUGUGGAUCCAUUUGAAUCUGGUAGUAUGAACACAUAUACCCAUGAUGUACAGCCAUUAGGAGAUCACCCUAUCUAAGCAACAGACAAAUCCUUGGGCGUCGGUGCUCCCUCCUCCGGUUUGUAGUAGUCUCCGUUCAACGAGAAGCCGGGUGAAUUAGUCGAGCUCAAAACCUGUCACUGGUCAGCAGGAGCCUCAUCGGACACGACGUUGGCAUGAUGACUUACCACCUCAGCAACCUCCUUCAUAACCUGAUCACUCAAUCCAGCGGCAUCCUUCUUGACAGCCGCCACAUAUGCUCUGACAUUAUCCCUCAAUUGCUCAGCCGUGAAGCUUAAACGACCCACUGCCAUGCGCACCACGCCCUGUCUCUCACGGUACAAGCUUCCUCCCAUCAUGUUUCUGACAACCGGACCUGGUUUAUCGGCGACGGUGCCCAACUUGACACUGGGCAUCAAUCCUCGAGGACCCAAGAUCCGGGGCAUUCCCUCUUUGUUCAGUUUUUGCAUCGAUUCAGGUACGGCGAUGCAGCGGUCGAAGUCGAUCUUGCCCUCUUUGACCCGCUGGAAGAUUUCUUCUUCUCCAACCAGGACUGCGCCCGCAGCUUUGGCUUGCGUCGCAGCUGCUGAGCCAGGAGGACAGAUGACGGCGAUUCGGAUGUCGGUCUUGACGGCAUGUGGAAGUCGGAUUUGAUUUCGAACAAUAGGACCGUCCUUCUUCGUCCGCAUUUUGAUGGCGACAUCGUACUUUGGGACUUCUGGAUUCCGCUGAACUUCAAACGCUUUGAUAUAGCUAGCCAGAAUCAAUUAGCCUUGGAACCAAACAGAA